UGUAAUCCAUAUUUCCGUAGAUUUCCAUGAAAAGGUCUUGCGGUGUAAUUUUACCUGGCUUUCUAAGUUGGUGUUGAGUCCGUUUUUUGGAACAAAUUUAACAGGGGCACCCGGCACGGACUGUUUUCUGUAAUGUUCGGAGGAGCAAAUUAUUGCCUAGAAUUUUCUUUUGCUUAAGGACGGCUAAAAAUUUUUAAUAGUGAACGUUCCUUUCAUGUACAAUUUUCGAAGCUUAAAUUCCCUACGAUUCUCAGAAGUUUAAUUUUUCAUAUUUCACUACCCAGGUUACACUAUUUUUCAUAGAAAAAGGAAACCUAAAGUUUUGGUUUCUAAAAUGUGAUGGAGAGAGGAAUCAGACAAAUUCUUACUUUCGUAAAACGUCAAAUUACACCAAGAGCCAUGUUGAUUGCACCUAAAAUUUUCGGGAAAAUAAUACUGAAGCCCUUGUAAUUAAAAAAUUUCGAAGAGACUCAAGUUCGCCUAGGAUGACCGAACAGAUAAAACGUUUGUAUCGCCGCUUAGAAUGCAUUUCUAGAGAUGUAAAAGUACUUUGCAUAGCCUAGAAAGUGUUUUCAACGUAUUUUGGAGGAAACCGUCUUUGGGUGCCCCUGAUUUAAGAUUUCAUAGCUUAUUUAUCCAUGACCUCACGUUAAUUACUCCAGGGAGAGUGGAGCAAAUUGGUAAUACAUAAAUAACAGACAUCUCCUCCUUCUUCUUACUUUACUUGGUAAAUUUUUAAUACCAUUAGCUGCAGACUUUUCUUGUGCGUGGGUCGCACAUUUACCGGCUAACGUUGAUGUUACUUUGUAACUUCUCCAUUAAUUCUUCUCAUUCAGGGAAAGAUCGAACUGUUAAGGCGGGAAUCGACUACCCGGGGAAGGGAAUCGACUACCCGAGGAAGCGGUACUUUGAAGACUGGAAAACAAAGCCCAGUCGUGAUGAGGGACCAAAACAAUGGCAAGGUUUGAAGAUGCCCGGUAUGAAGAGACCCCAUUCCCCUGACAUGGUGCCCCAAGCCCGCUGGUGCGUCACAAACCCGUGUGAAAUGAAAAAGUGCAAGAGAAUGACGACCGAAUUCAACUACAUGCUGCAAUCUGGGCUGAAAUGGGGUUGCGUGAUGAAGGGCUGCAAGGAAGAAUGCAUGGAAGAGAUUAAACGAGGCCGUGCAGACAUCAUGACGGCCGAGGGAGAAGAGAUUUACAAGGCUGGGAAGGUGUACGAUCUUAUUCCGAUCAUGUCAGAAAAAGAGGACCACAGCUCCAUUCAAGAUUACGAUUCCAAAUUUUCCGGUUUUGAAGACGCGUAUGGUCGCCUUAAGCACUACUCCAUAGCCUUAGUCAAGAAGACUGACACCCACAUCAAUGGCUUUAAAGACCUGAAGGAUCGAAAAUCCUGCCAUUCAGGCGUAGACAUAACGGCCAGCUUCAAAUCUCCGAUGUGUUCUCUCAUCAACAAAGACGUGAUCCCGAGAGUUGGGAACGUGUACGAAAGCGUGGCAGAGUUUUUCAAAGAAAGCUGUGUCCCAGGGGUUCAACAUGAACACUUUAAUCCAAACAUGACGAAUCCAGGAUCUUUGUGCAAACUAUGUCAAGGUAGGUCAAAAUGAAAUUUUUCAAUCCCCUCUUAGUUUUUUUUUUUUUUUCAGUAAAAAAAUUGACAUCAGCGUAUUAUUAUUAUUAUUAUUAUUAUUAUUAUUAUUAUAAAUACCAUCAUCAUCAUAUGAAAUCCUAUUUUGCUUAUUCACGAUCAAGAAAAAAGAUAUUAACAAAUUCUUGACCUUUAUAAUAGAAGGCAAAAAAAUAAUUACAUUACUUACUUGUUUUUCUCAUGUCGGAAAGUGACAUGUUACUAUUUUGGAUGUAAUAUAGUAAUGUAAUACACAGUUAUUCUACUUCAUUAGUCUUUUGCUGAAUACAUAUCGCUGUUACGUAAAUUGCUAAAACCCAUCCUCUUAGUUAAUUCAGGCGAUAAUGUUUUUUGAGAAGCCAGAAACGUUUCGUAUUACAUGACACGGUCUUCAAGUCGUUUUGGACUACAGAUGGGUGAGAAAAAAGAGAAAAAUGUUUUAUGUAUUUCGUUUACUCUGUUGCUGGAAAAUGUAGAGUCUUGAAAAUGUGGUCAGUCGUGUUUGUCUGUAGGGGCUGAGUUUUGUCAUUUUUUCACUCCGCUCGCUUAGCUUGAAUUGUUUACGGGUAAGCACCCCUCCCCGCUAUUUUAAACGGCUUAACAGACCAGUGAGUGUUUCAUAAACCGAGUGGUAUAAUGCAGAAUCUUAAUCUCUCCCUCCACCUCCUCUUUCUUUUUCCAGACUUAAAAACAGAAAAACACACACAGACACGUACAAAACGAUAAAAUUCGGGCUUUAUAGUAUUCACGGUCAAAUUUUACCCAGGUGAUAAGGACUUGAAUUAUCAUCGUGAACAUAACACACCGCGCACACAAAAACAAAACGAGAAAAAGCAAAAAAAAACCAACAAAAUUGGGUUUUAAAGCAUCCAUGGUCAAAGGUUACUUCACUUUUACACCGAAUUUUUGACGCAAACAGGGCCACCCAACGUCAAUUUUCGGAAAAUAUCUGCUCGGAAGACGAUUUGAGAUCUAGAUUUUUCGAAACAUUUUCUUUCUUGCCGGCCUCUCCUUGGAUUUUCGAACAUCUAAAAAAGGGUAUAAUUACACACUUUUAACAGAUUUUUACCCUAGAAAGGUCACCUAUAUUUUUCGGGAGCCUUUUUUCUGGCUCGUGAAAUUUUCGAAAAGGUAAGUUUUGAUUCCUAUAAUUUUCCGAUCACUACACUUUCAGCUAGGAAAUCCGAACAGAUGAAAAAUUUUUAGGGGAUAAAAAAAUGCCUACAUCCAGCGUUAAAAUACUGAACUACGUUUAACAAUGCUAUGUUUAAGUGGUUUUGAACUAUAUUUCCGUUGGGUACCCCUGACGCAAAAUUUUAUUUUGGCAAACUUCGUACCACGGAAGUGAAAGUUCAUUUUUGUGUAGGUCACGUUGUGAUUAACCAGUUUAGACGCGUUCGAGUUAUUGGUGCGGAUACUCUCAACUUCAGUAUCUUAGCAAAGUAGUAACCUUUAAACUGUAAGAUAAGAUUACCAGGGGACACGUGUAAAGAAAUAUUAAGGGCAUAUACAACAAAGAUAGCUAGUAAAUGAUCGGGAAACAGAACGGACUCGCGUGUGACUACCUGCUCCAAGGUUAUCGUUCGUACCUGAAGAAAAUCGAAACAGAGUCAUGAAUGAAACAAGUUAUAUUUUUCCGGAGUUACAGAGUGGACAUCUUUUAAGAAAACAAUUUGGUUCCGGUUUGCAGGAUAAAAGUAAUCUUCUAUAAUCUGCGUAUUACGUGUAGAAGAUUUUGAUUUUUUGUUCUCUUGCUAAUAAAUUCUUCCGGACUCCAAGUCUUUAAUCCAGCUUGAAGAAGAGUUAUUAACUUAUUAACUCUCAAAAACCACCAAAUGCUGCGGAAAAGGUAGAUUAAGCAAAGAAAGUAGAAAACAAAAUAAAACUUAAAACUAGUGAUCAAUUAAAAGAAGAAAGAAAAAUAUUGCUUUAAGCGCCCUUCCCAAUUUCUGAAUCAUCUGGAAAUUAAAAGGAUAGGAAUUGCUGGCGGAUUGCAGCUUGGCCCGUAGGGAUUGAUUCGACUAUAUCCAUUAAUUCAUUAUGUAUUUACCUAUGAACAAAGUGACUAUCUUCCUUGCUUAAGUUCAAAUAUAUUUCAUUUUCUUUAAUGGACAUUAAUUUAUUUUUUAUGGGGGUCAACUUGCUACGUACUUUAUGACGAAUGGUUUUUCCCUCAUGUGUGUUGUCACAGAAAUCCGACGAAAUCAAUAGCCAUGCGAAAGCUCUGCCAAAUCAGCUUUCAUUUGCUUGGCAAAACCAUAUAGGAUUUUGUUCACAGAUUUAAAGGCUACAAUUAGAUUGACAGGUUAUGUUAAGUGUCAAAAUAUCUAGCACGAAUUGGAGAGUAGUUAUUGAGAAUACCAAAAAGGGUUUAUAUCCCCUUGUUGGAGUGUUUCGGUGUAGCCCUUUUGCCGAGAUAAUUUUUGCGUGCUCGUUUGAGAUCUCAGAAAAAAACCCGUAUUUUAAGCGUCUCUCCCCAGUCUCGCUCUCUCUUUUCAGCUUCGUUCAAGACCUUUUGUUUGACUGCUCGCGCAUACUUCAAUACGCAAAAAUACGGGCUGUUUUGCAGUGUACAAACUGGUGCGCAAGGGGUUGCAAGGGGCUGACCUUCUUAGUCUCAGAACGGCCUCUUCCCAGGCCUUCUUGGUCAAUGUAUCUCUCUCAAUUUGUUUUUUGGUUCCAGUAUUAGGCUAAGAGAAAAAGCCACUGUCCAAAUAUAUUACCCUAACCACCCCCCCCCCCCGCGUCAAAAGUGAAAUGUUCGGUCCUAAUAAGGGUCAUGGAAUAAGAUGGGGGACUGGCAAAGCAAUGUUUUCCAUGCUCUUAAGGCCGCGGGGGACACUUAUGUAUGAAUAAAUUCAUAAGACAAAAUUUUGCUUUGCCACAUCUGUUAAAACGCUUAUAUCUCGGCUGUUUUAGGGGAGAUUUAGUUAAAAUUUUGCGGGCAUUUUGAAAUGAUAGGAAUUUAGGAGGGUUAUUUUUUAUUUGGUAGAUCGCGCUUUGCAGCGAUGCUUUAAGCCACAGUUGUACCACAAAUGGGAAAUAGUGAUUUUGUGUUCAAGUUUGCGGAAAGAAUAGAAGCUAAAAGACAGCACUCUAUGAUUUUAUUAAUAAAUGAUCAGUUAAGACGUCUAGUGUCAUGAAUUAAGCAGAUUUUGCAAUUUAAAGUUUACCAGCAAGGUAUAAUAGUUUAAAUGAACAAAAUUGUCAUCCCUUAAAUAAAUGCCUUAUAUCUUUUUAUAAAAGUGCUAUUUUUAGGAUUCAGUUCAAUACAUAACACACUACAGUCUACCAAGCUUACCCCUCUUCAGUGCCAGCUGGUGACGUGAAUUCUUGGACACAAAAUUGUCGAAAAAGUCAAAUUUUGAGACCCCCGAAGGUGUCCCGACUAAAGCACGAGUUUCAAGCAAUGUUUUGAAGGAUUUUUGAGUCGAAAAAAUAACGUACAAAGAGUUGUGAUAUUAAAUUUGAAAUUUCUAAAGAUUUCCUCAUUGUUAUUUCCAUAUUAUUAUUAUUACUCUACACGUACGCGUGAACAAUUUAAAAUAUGCGCUCAUCUCGCAAACCUAUCGAUAUCAGUCGUUGUUCUUCGUGCGUAGCUUAAAUAAAUGCGGCCUUAACUCACGCUGAUUCCUUGUGUAACCCAAAGGGUCACACGAUGAUGAGGAUUUCUGCGAGACCCUGUCGGUCAAGGAAGAAUACUACGGCUUUAAUGGCGCAAAGGAUUGCCUUAGCAAGGGUCAAGGAGAUGUUGGGUUCUUCCACACCUAUGAUGUCAUGAUGAACUUCGAAGCUCUCUCAAAAGAAUUCAAGAUCCUGUGCGAAAGGAAGAAACUGGAGCUGACUCCGAGCAAUGUUUUUACAAAGUCCUCUUGUCAUUUGGCAGUGGAACACCCUCAGGUAUGCUUCAACACUUUGCAUUGGUUUUGCAAUGAGAACAAUAAACACUUAAUGACUGUUCGCGAGGGAAAAAGUUAAUUUUGUUUCACGAGAAUCUCAAUGUUAUGCGAAGCGAAGUUAUAGUCGCUUAAAAGCGACGUUCUCGUUACCGUCGCGUCGUUGAAUCUUUAAGUCCCCAAUUUUUCCCAUCAGCGCGCAUUCCCAUUGGUAACCUCAAGGUCACAUGACAUCUAACAAUCAAACUGUUUCCCGUCAAAAUCUCUUAGCGGGCAAAAUUGCAAAAUCCAUGACGUCAGAGGGUAACAGUGCGCUGUUGCCUGCGAAUGUUGACUGACGACCGCCGUUAUGCCGAAUCUCAAUGUUUCCCACGGCGUAAACAUUGAGAUUCUUGGGAAACAAGAUUAUUAUAACUGUUUCCCUCGCGACCAGUCAUAAAUGAAGUGUUUGGUGCUUACUUCACCGGUGUCCCAAACUCAUUAUGUGAAGGCAAAAUAAAAAUUAAUGCAGCUGCUAAUAUUGCGAAACGUAGUGAUUUAUAGGGUUAUAUAGGAAGAGUAAGAAAUGGAAAAAUGUCGUCUUGUGAAUCGCUUCAGUGUACGUUAUGCAUUAUCAGUAACAUGCAUUAAUGUAAUGCCCUUACAUAGUGAGUUUGAGACAACUGUUCUCCCUUCUUCUUCUUCUUAUUGACUGCCAUUACAGACAUUUCAACGAUCUAGAAAGAAAGAAAACUUAAUUCAUGGCGCUAUUCUCUCUAUGAUAUGUUGCUUCAACGUGAAGGUUGCUUCAGUUUUAAAAAUGAAUACGAAAGGUUGCUGAAAAGUUGCUGAGCGCUUGAAUAUGGCUACGCUUCCUGCGCCUCUAUUGACAACACUAUACUAUAAGCCCUGUUUUUCAGAAACGGUGUGGGAACUGGAAAGAAAGGAAAAAAGAAAAAGCCAGGGGAAGAAAGGAGGAGAAGAGAGAAAAAAAAAACAAUGGUUGCACUCUUAGUUUUUAUAACGGCCGCUUUGGAGAUAGUUUUUGGCGGAAAAAAAAAGCGGUUGGACACAAAGGGCCCAUUUGUUGGUGACGUUUUCAAAAAUCCGGCUACAUAUUAUGUUUAUACAUUUUUUUUUGCCAGGUGUUGAUGGUCUCUUCUCACAAGCCCGAAGACUGGAUCACAAACUGCACCAAUGCCCUCAAAAAAGCCUCCACUCUUUUCUCCUCAUCAGGCUCAGUGAACGCGUUCAGCUUGUUUGAAUCCGCUCCAUAUUGCGCCAAGAGGAUGGGUGAUGAUGGCAGCGAGGAUGACAAGUUGCAGGACAUGGACCGGAUAAAGAACAAUGAUCUUAUUUUCAAGGAUCACAGUGGCUGCCUGGAGACCAUACCUAAAGUAAGUUAAUUAGUAAUUUAACUUCUGUUUAACGUUUAGAUGUACAUUUCCUAUGCUGAUAAGAAAGGAGAGUAUAGUGCACGUUAUGGUUUUUAUCUUUUCUCCGCUACCCUUUGUAAGAGCUUAGAAUGCGAUGGAAGACGUUUAGGAUUCGAUCCAGUCAACAACAAAUCAGAACCUUUUAGUAAGAAAGCGUAUAAAGAAAAGGUGCACUAGGAGCCACUGGCUUGGUUUUUGUCGCGUUAAGCUUCUAAAAGAAUAAGAAUAAGGGCUUCCCCCUAGGUGGACAUGUUAUUCUAUCGCAGGUUUAGCCCCGAUAGAAUGUCCCCGGUAUCCAUUUAUACACCUGGACCCAGUUGUUCGAACACCGGCUAGCGCUGACCCGGGGUUAAAUUUUAACCUGGGUUUCUUUUUAUCAAAAGCACUUUCUCGGUAAUUUUCCCUAUUCUUUUCAGAAUAUCGAAUCAUCAGAUUGUAGGCAAAGAGAAUCAAACUGAAUUUGCUUUUUAAGUUCUCAUAUCUGAGUUCAAAUUCCGCGCUAACUCUGGGUUAUCUUAACCCAUCUUUGAACAACCCGGCCCUGGGUAAGCUGCCUCUCAUCGCCAGAGGUUUUCAGCUGUGGUGAGCUAUAAGAGGAGCGUGUAUUCGCAAGCUAACAUCUGAGUAGAGAAAACGUAGAGCAAAGUUUCCCGUUUAGGGACGUUUUCGUCAUUCAUCUUCUUGUAUCAUAAAUGUAGAACUCGUGGUCCAGGAACUAACAGAAUGAUCAUGUGAGUAGACGGAGCAUACCUUCAAAUAAAGAACACUUUAUACGCUAGCUGCUGCUCUGCUCGCAAUCCAUCCGCGAUUUUUGUGCACAUUUCCUUUGAUAUUUGACCAGUUUCUCAAACAAUUUUUUUUCUUUGUUCAUCGAGGUAAAAUUAAAAUCUCGGCAGAAACCAUGGGUCACUGUUCCGUCCUAUAAAAUUUUUGCUGAAAUCUAAUCACAGGGGCUUAGAUUCUGGGAGAGGGGCACUUAGAUAUAAAAAGUAAAAUAAAUUUCAAAUGUUUUACUUUCAGGAAAACCGAACUCACGAGAAAUACCUUACCAAGGAUACAGAGAACAUCUGGAAGACAUGUGAACAACUUGAGCCUAAGCCUCGGGCGUUCUUCUGCGUCGUCGGAAAAGAUGAAAUGGAGAAGUGUAAAGAUAUGAUCGAGCACUUCGAGACCAUAGAUGGUGGGUAAAGAUCAAACAAACUGAGUAACCACAUGCAUUGUAAAAACGAAAGCAUGCUUGAUUUCUGUCACACAGAAGGUUCAAAAUCAUGACUUUUGUCACGAUUUUGCAUGACUUUAAAAUCUUCUCAGCGUUCCACCAAAAAUCAGCUUGAUUCGAAAAUCCGUUCCUCUUCAGAGCAUGAUGUUGAGGUUCAAACCAUUUAACAUUUUGACCAUAGGCAAUUAUGAGGGGCUUCUAUUUUCUUACUGUGUCGAUUAAAAAUGGCCGUAAGUAUUCGAAAGAUUCAAAACAUACCUGGUGUCAGAGUUGAAUCUUUGUGUAUCUCUUUACAGGCGUCAAAAAUAUUUCCUGGGGCUGUGUCGAAGCACCCUGUAAGAAAGAAUGCACUGAAAUGAUUGCAAAGAACGUGGCAGACCUGGUUUAUCUCAAUGCUACGGAAAUGUUCACCGCAGGAAGAGAGUAUAACUUGGCUCCUAUCAUUGGGCAGAACAAGAAGACGUAAGUAAACAUCAGUGCUGUGAAGAAAUGCCUUCUCGGUCCGAGAUUGGGACGUUAUUGGCCAUUAUCGGAAGGUUUUUGGGUACCAAGGGGGGAAAUUUGAAUAUAACUGAAACCACUUAAGGAAGACUGCGUGAGAUUCCUUUACGCGGUUUAUUCUUACUGGAGCUGUGGUAGCAAAACAAAAAAAAAGCUAUAGAAGACCCCUAUAAAAAUAAGGAUUUUGAACAACCUGAUAGAAUUUGGCUGUAACUGACCGGUGAUAAUAAAAAUAGUUUCAGUAUGGAAAGUAACUAAAAAGAUAACAGUAAAGAAGAUACCAGUCCGGAUCCAUUACCACUCAACCCCCAAAACACUUUCACCAAAAAAUCAGCUAGAAUGAAUGCUCUCGACAAAACAUUCUCGGCAAAUCAUUUUCAGGGUAAAGAUGUUUUAGGCGGAAAUGCACACAAUUUAAAUGAUGACGACAUUUGGGGGAAGAAAACAUUUGUAAGCUUGGACGAAAUACAGUCAGUCGAACUUCCACUUAUUGACACCUCCAAUAGGCUUACACAUAGUCCUGGUCCCAGCGAAAUACAGAAACUGCAUUGGUCCUUAAGUGGGAUAGUUGUUAAGCGGGCCUUUUUUCCGGGAACCAAACAGGGUCUGCUUACAGCAGCUCAGUUCUUCUGUUUAAAAACGACAUAUCUAUAGAAUAAGCUGAAAAGGAAUUUAAAAGCCAGUAUUACCAAGUUAAAAAGAAGUUGGGAAAAGUUAUGUGAUUGUAUAACUUCAUUAAGUAAUAUUUGUCAUUCACAGCAUAAAGGAACCAUGGACAGAAAGUAUUACCAUCGGUGUGAUGCUCAAAGACAGUAGUGACCUCUCAGAAGACAUGCACGGAUGGAAGAUGUGUAACGCAGGCGUCCAUAAGAUCAGCGGAUUCCUUCAUCCUAUGGGUUGGCUUAUGGCAAAUGGCACAAUGAAACGAAUGGGCUCACCUUUGAAAUCAAUUGCGUAAGUUUCAUUCUUCGUGGUUAUAUAAUAAUUGACCAGGACACCGUUCAGUGUUUUAAAUAGUUUAGUGGUAUGCAGUGGAUAAGUUGUACGGAAGCCAAUUGCUUUAGCCAUUUUACACAACUUGGGACAGAGAUGCCGGUUAUUAACCGUUUAAACCCUAAGAUCAAAAUUUGAAUUCUCAUUUGUUGUCCCAUUCACUUCCUAAAGAAGUAGCGUGGAGAAGAUGAUGAAGUAUCAAGCAAAUUCAUCUCGUGUGAUCAUGUCCGUAAUUCUCAUGACCACUCUGUUUUACAAAGCAUUGAUAUUACAAGGAGAAAUUUGAAGCUCAUGACCACUCCUAGGGCUUAAAGGGUUCAUCAUCAUGAUUAUCUCGUUUCUUUGUAUAUGGGAAGGUCCUCAGUCUCGGAACUGUUCCCUUGCCUCUCACUCUCGGAUAGGUUGGUGGUCGCAAAUCUAACAGGCGACUCCGCCUAAAGUCUUGAUGUCUACUAGGCCUUUCUAAAAAAUCUGUUAAGAAAAACGGCCUUUGAAAAGCCAAAAGCAAAUGACGUGCUAAAAUGGUCAAUCAUGGGAUGUAAAAUGGAAAACAAAUAUAGUUUAUUAUCUCUAUACCAUUUCGAUACCACUAAGGCACUAAUUAGCAUUGCCUUGAAAUUUGCAGGCAUCACUUUGACAAAAGCUGUGUCCCUGGAGUGAACACAUUGGAUCUUACUAACCAAACGCUUUUGUCGCUUACAAUGGAUUGGAUAUCUCUACUGCGAGAGAAGGACGUCCAUUGGGAGAAGUUUUACAAAACUCCUUUGUGGCGAAAGUGGCAAGACAAACAGACUGGAAAUGGUGACGAAUACGAAUCAGUGCAUAAGGUGCAAGACUUUGAUUCCCCGCUGUUCCAGAAGAUGAUCCAAUUGAUGAAGUCAGAGCAUCCAAUCAUGCAUAAGUACCACACACCCGAGGUUCACGAGGCACUGGAAAAGGUAAUUAAGAAAGACGUAACAUGCCGAGUGCGUUGUUGAGUAAGCACACAGGUACUUUUAAAAACGCAAGAGAAGUGCCGAGCGCAGAGGUGCAAGUGAAACCGUACUUUUCUGAACGACGAAACAUUCUCGUCCAACAUCGUGUAUAAGGAACGCUUUUGACCGCUUAACUGCUGGUCUCAACAUUGACAUAAUAAUGCAUGUUAUAUCAGGAUUUUCAAAGACGGUUAAACGAUGAGGGCGUGUUUAGAUCUUUUCCAUGACGACUGAUAAAACUAUUUUCAAGGUCAUACGAAACCGCUCUAUCAAUAUGUCUAAAAUACUUGGAUUUUUACUGACAGAGAAUCUAGGAUACUUGGAUAACCUGUACAAAAUAGACCCAGCUCAAAUGUUCUGCAUCGAUGUGCCUUUCCAACUGAUGAAUUGGAUACUGCAAAACAACGGUGAUUGAGUCAUUGUAGAUCUUCAGUAAGUUAAAGCUUCAUUCAGUUGGUGCGGCACAAAAGCGUUAGUUCUGCAGAGGGGGAGAAAAUAUCUGACACUCUAGAGUGGCAGUUGAUUCUUACGACUCUCUCCGGCUAGAGUGCUAGACCAAAUUCAGACUGAUUCAGUUGUCCCUACGCAGUUAACUCUUGUGGAACUAGGUUGUACUAUGAGCGGCACGACGUUUAACCAGAGCCUAAGCUUUUUUCUCGAUUUUUUUAAAGCUUAAAAAGGACUUCUCCUGGGACAACUAUGAAGGCAUCAAAGAUUUCUGUUCCAUGAAAGUACCUAAAUGGGAAUUGGUUAGCUGGGCGUGGCAGAUGCCAGAGGGCUGGAUCGAGGAGGAAUGGCACAUGUUCAUGGGGUGGGCUGAGCAUCGGUGGAAUGAAAAUGAAAACUGCGGACAAUACGCUAUGGAUUGGACUGACAACGACUGGACGACGUUCAAGUCCUGGAUGGAUACAGAGUUCACUGAUUACAAGCAAUCAAGGAAGUCAGGACUGCAAUCAAAUCAUAAGCCACUACAUCAGGAUACCUUCAUCAGGUAAACUGGAAACAUAGUUUGCUGUUUCAGACUUUAUAGGACAUGGAUUGGCUCAACAGCUAAGAGUGACUAAUCAUAAAGGAUACGCUGUAGGAAAAAAGCAUUAAAUACAGUGGAGUUUAAAUUGGACUUUUCUAGCCUUCAGACCUGGAAAAGAUGAGGUCGAGUUUCUCAAUCACUUGUUUUACUGAACAGUUGCUAAAAAACUUCGUCGACAGCUAAGAGGAACGUUAUCACUCAGUCUGUAGUUCUUAGCCGUAUAUAUUUCAUUUUAUUCUCACUACCUGAACGCCUUGGACAAGCCAGUGGCGGAUCCAGGGGAGGGGUCGGGGGGGCUGGGCACCCCCUUAUUUUUAGACCAAACUGAGGCCCAAAGGGCCAAAAUAAAUUGAGACCAGCGCCCCCACCCCUUAUCUAAGGGUUUGGAUGAUCGGCUGCCCUUUUCUCAAGGUCUGGAUCCGGUACUGCAAGCUAAAGCCAAAUGGUCAUAUAACUCAAAAUUCUUGACCUUUUCAUAAUCUUUAGGAUGUCUUUGCUCUGUGCACGGUUACAGUGGCUCAUGAGCCAAUUUAAACUCCUGCAGUGGGAAAACGGAGACAUCAGGUACUUCCGAGAGAAGAUGUGCGAUGCCUGCGUUGGACAAGGAGACAAAAAAUGUUCCAUGGAUACCAUCAGCGAAGCUUUCUAUGACUACCCAGGAGCCCUUAAGUGCCUAAGCGAAGAAAAUGGUGAUGUCGCUUUUAUGGAUGGAUACACCUUUGAUGACGCUGUGACAUUGCAUAGCCUAAACAAAGAUGACUUCGUCCUUAUGUGUCCCAAUGGAACGAAAAUAGACAUUGCCGAUGAUACUAUGGAAUCAAUCAAAGAGUGUAACUUUGGUCGCGUUCCAUCCCACGCACUUGCCACGUGCAACAUGCAUGAUGGGGUAUGGCGAUGGAAGUUGAGCAAAGCCUUACUCGAGGCACAGAAAGUCUUAACCCCGGACAAGAUGUUCGUAGAAGGAAUAUUUGGAAAGGAGACCAAGAGCUUGACGCCCAUUCCUUUUGUCAACCAGACCUACCAGGUGUGGCUUGGUCCCAGGUUCCUACGCGCUUUAGAGGGCUUAAUGCAACCCCCAGGUGAGUUACUAAAUAAAUAAAUGAAUAAAUAACGAUUUUAGAAGUAGCCCAUUCACAGAGAUGUUCGUCGUCUACCUUUCCUGGUCGAACUGGAAUUUGGAAAUGUUGGGUUUUGAGAAAAGGGGAAAACCGGAGUACCCAGGGAGAACCUCUGACGGAGCAAAGAAGAAAACCAAUAACAAACUCAACCCACAUGGCGUUGACGCUGGGAUUUGAACCCUGGCUACAUCGGUGGGAGGUGAGUUCUCUCACCACUGUGCCAUCCCUUGGUCUUUUGUUUCCUCUGGUCAUUGCUCAUUUUGAGAUCAAUUCGAGGGUGAGUCUCGGGCGGUGUUGUGUCUAAUUGAGAGGUUAGGACUACUACUACUAGGACUGUUUUGGAGAUGCUGUCACUUCUCUCAUUGGCCAUUAAGAAGUUGCGCAAUCAAAACAUUUCCAUUGUGCACUUCGACACAACACCGACCCAGCCUCAAACGUAACCUGAAAAUGGCCAAUUUGGCUUUGCCCUUUGAUCUCGAAAGUACGCGGAGUUCUUGCGGUAUUCUUCCGCAAGCUUCUUUGAAGCCAUUUCAUCGAGUUAACAGUUUUCUUACUCGAUAUAGUAAUCUGUAAACGGUGACUUGGAUUAGUUGAAUUUCCAUACUUUAGCUAGUAAAUACAGCCGUCUCUCCUCGCUCCUGCUUGCCGCUAGGGACUUUUAACGCAGGCUAUUUCAUGCUCAUGCAGAUGGCGUAAGAGUAUAAAUGUAUGUGACCGUGGCAUUUUUUGCAUAAGGUCCUCUGACGUGGCCUUGAAAACUGAAGUACUGAUACAGGUAGUGCGCGUACUAAUACUAUCCCUCUCUUGUUUCGGCAGUUGAAGAUAAGGAAUGGCAUGAAGAUGAAGUAAUGAUUGACGACUGCGAGGGUGAGGAGUGUGACGUUGAAUUUGGCCAUCCCACCUGUGACGAGUGUGACGAGGGAGACGACAUGUGCCUGGAAAAGUGCCAAGUUAUGGAUCCCUCAGAGAGUGGCGAUUUUCCUGACGGAAAGAAGAAAAUGUAUCCAAGAAGGCAUGAGAGGAUGACCAGGAAAAAGGGAAUAAGACAAGGACCAUUUUUGCGUUACAAGAAACGGAAGAUGAACAUGGGAGCAAUGAAGCAUCGCGGAAAGGGACCUCAUAUGAAACCGGAGAUGAGGCCACCAAUGAUGGGAAACAUGGGACCAAUGCGACGAAUGCAGCGCCCCGGUAUGAGACCCAGAAUGAGGCCACCAAUGAUGGGCCAUAUGGGACCAAUGGGACGAACGAAGCGCCCUGGUAUGAUGUCUGGUAUGAUGAGACCAAUGAUGGGCCACAUGGGACCAUCAAUGGGAAAGAUGGGACGCCCACACGGAAGGAUGGACAAAAUGAUGCCUCGCCACAAAAUGAUGACCCCUGGCGUGGAAAUUGGUCCAAUGAUGUACUAUCCCAAAGUUAGAGGUGAAUUCUAUACCAAGGUCUUCUUUAGACGCAACUUCACAUGCAACGCAAUCGUCAGCGAUCUCGUCUGCUAUGGAGAGCGAAAGAACAUUGAAAUUAAGAGUGGACGCGUAGGAAAGACCCUGAUCUCCGUCCCCAUGUGUCCUAAGCCCACAAAAAUUGAAGAGACUACAGCACAGUUUACUUGUGACACCGGUGCCAGCUUUUUGCAUUCAAUCAUGCUCCCUGUGAAAUGCUCGUACGUACCUUGUAAUCUUGGAUUCUGGAUCCCUGAUUGGUCCGAGGAUAAUUACUGGGAUGGGGAAAAUUCAUAUUCCGGGGAUUACUGGGGAACCAAAGACUGGUGGAGCUUCGACGAGCGGGGUGACAAGGAUAACUGGUUCCGAGGCCAGCCCGUAAAGAACCGCAUCCAUAAAAACGAACCAUGGCUUCGGUGGGGAGGAGAACACCGGCGCAAUUUAUAAGAUAAGAACUUGUAACAAAUUUUUUUGUUGCUUCGGGUACUGCAAGUGUAGGACCAACGGACUGGACUUUGGCUUAAGUUAUACGGAAUUAGUUUUAUUCUUUUCAAGGGUGAUUGUUGGAAGUAGCUUUACAGUAAUCAGUAGAAAAAUGUUGCUGUGAUGGACUUUCGCAGGUAUUUUUAUAGGGAUUAAUGGAAGUAUAUGUAGAAUAAUCCAAUCUGUGCCAACACUGUCGAGACACUCAUUUGGCCGCGAGAUAUAUAUGUGUAAAUAACAAACCGAUAUCAUCCCUCAGCAGCCGAUCAAAAUUCACUUGACCUGAGGGGAGAGGGGGGAAGGAACUUAAUUUGUGUUCAAACAUCUUUUUAGCAAGUUUGGAAGGGGGUGGUAGGUGUUCCGUACAGGACAGCUUUUCUCGACUAGUUUUGACGCAGAUUCUACCUCGUGUUUAAAGAUAAAAAUUACAUAGAAUCAGAAAAAAAUUCAAAAAACAGUGAAAAAAAAAGAGUGUCAUCUUGUUAUAGUUUGAUAUAAGCAUAGUUUACAUUACGGGGAGUUUACGGGUUUUUUGCAUCAAACGGCUAAAAUUAACCUAGAGAGAUAUUUUUGUAUUCUGUUUCUACUGGAAUAGGAAAAGGUAUGCAUCAAUAAAUAAUUUAGUCUUUGCAUUCGUAGCCUUUUGGUCACUUUUUUGCCAUUUAAAAUGUAAAAUAAAACUAAGGUAUAAGGUGAAUGAGUGCUUCAUCUAGCAGUACGGAGUCUUCGUAUUUUAGUGCUAAUUGAACUGGGUAUUGCAGUCUGCGCUUUAUUUUCUUAACGUAUACCUCUCUAAAGAAGACGCCGACGCUGGUACAUGCCUAUCGACCCUAAAUUAUUUCCUUUCACUCUGUAAGCAAGACCGCAAAACAGUCGUUUUCUUAUUAUUAUUUUUCUCAAAAUCGGUUUUUGAAGGCGGGAAUCGCCGCCUGUGACAGAUCCUCAUACGCGCGGAGCACGCGAGCCUCACACACUCGUCUAAUCCCGCGUUCUUGAUUACGCAAUAAAACGAAUUAUUAUUCAUUAAUAAAAUAUUUCUCCUUUUCUGAUUUGCUUAAAUCCCACCCAAAACUCAUCAUAACCAGCUACCGUCGACCAAAUUUAAAAGAAUUUUGCGAUAUGUAAAAAAUGACGUCAAUUGUGCA